AUGGCUCGGAGGCAGGAAGAGGCGCGGGUGGGCGCGCCCCUAAGGGCGGAAGGCCGGCCGGACGCAGAGGUCAGGCUCAUUCUGUACCACUGGACCCACUCCUUCAGCUCUCAAAAGGUGCGCUUGGUAAUUGCUGAAAAGGCACUGAAGUGCGAGGAACACGAUGUAAGUCUGCCCCUGAGUGAACACAAUGAGCCUUGGUUUAUGCGUUUGAACUCAACUGGAGAAGUGCCUGUCCUUAUCCACGGGGAAAACAUAAUUUGUGAGGCCACUCAGAUCAUUGAUUAUCUUGAACAGACUUUCCUGGAUGAAAGAACACCCAGGUUAAUGCCUGAUAAAGGAAGCAUGUAUUACCCACGGGUGCAGCAUUACCGAGAACUUCUUGACUCCUUGCCAAUGGAUGCUUACACACAUGGCUGCAUUUUACAUCCUGAACUCACUGUGGAUUCCAUGAUCCCAGCUUAUGCAACCACAAGGAUUCGCAGCCAGAUUGGUAACACAGAGUCUGAACUGAAGAAACUUGCUGAAGAAAACCCUGACUUACAAGAGGCAUACAUUGCCAAACAGAAGCGACUUAAGUCGAAGCUGCUUGAUCAUGACAAUGUCAAGUACUUGAAGAAAAUUCUUGAUGAACUGGAAAAGGUCUUGGACCAGGUGGAAACUGAGUUACAAAGGAGAAAUGAAGAAACUCCGGAAGAGGGUCACCAGCCUUGGCUCUGUGGAGAAUCCUUUACCCUGGCAGAUGUCUCGCUGGCUGUCACAUUGCAUCGACUGAAGUUCCUGGGGUUUGCAAGGAGAAACUGGGGAAAUGGAAAGAGACCGAACUUGGAAACCUAUUAUGAGCGUGUCUUGAAAAGAAAAACAUUUAACAAGGUUUUAGGACAUGUCAACAAUAUAUUAAUCUCUGCCGUGCUGCCAACAGCAUUCCGGGUGGCCAAGAAAAGGGCCCCAAAAGUUCUUGGCACCACCCUUGUGGUUGGUUUGCUUGCAGGAAUGGGAUAUUUUGCAUUUAUGCUUUUCAGAAGGAGACUUGGCAGCAUGAUAUUAGCUCUUAGACCCAGACCAAAUUAUUUCUAGGUUUGCUGGGCUCUGGGGGAGCAACCCAUCCAACCAUUCCACUAGACCCUCAUCCACUCUUCCAGACCCAGGGAAGGCUUAUCCUGGGCAACCAGUAGAAAGCAUCCUUUCCACCACUCUUCAGUGAGUUCCUGUGGGGAAAGGAGCUCAUGGUGUGGUAAAGUCUUCCUUCCUCCCCUGCUUCCUUCCUUCCUUUCCUUUUUCUUUUAUGAGAUGAUCUAUUACUAAUCUAUCCAUAAAGCAAGCACGUGAAAGGUCAAAAUAUGUAAACGCUAACAGGUGGGGAGCAGACCUUUAAUGGAAAUUGCCAGUUCAUGCCCUUAGCUAUUUUUUGAGUGGUUGUAAUUAAUAACAGACAAUAAUAGUAACCACUGACAUAAGUUCAUAGUGCUUCACCUGAGAUUGGCCACUGUUCUGAGAGUUGAGCAGUUACAAGGUCCUCCCCUGGAACUCAAAAGUCGUCUGUGCUACACUGGACAGGGUUCAGACCUCAACAUAGUACUCUUUCAUCUUCCAGUACCAACUUCAAGCAUAAAUUAGGGAGAAAAUGGGAAAGGGAAGAAAGAAAACGAGAGAAUGAAUUACAUCUAAGAUGGAGCAGUAGAUUGUGACUUCCACUGGCCUCCAUUGCUGCUCAUGGCUGCCUGUCUCCUUGGUAAACUUCGUGUAUAACUUCUUGUGUCCGUGCCCACUCCUUAACUGAAGACCCUUAGGAGGAGAGGUCUGGGAAGUUAUUGGGGAUAGUAUACUGGGAAGAACCCUACACAUUACAUACAAAACACCUCGCUUGACCUUAAUUAUGAGCCACAUAUCUUGAUUUGGUAAGAUUAAGUAAUUAUGCACUUGACGAUGGGAUGCCCAUUGAAACAUAUAUGUUUAGCAUAUAUAUGAAUAGCUAAAGGCAUAGUAAGGUGGUCCUCAUGGUUCCCAUGAUCUUGUGAGGUAUGGUCCUGUGGACCUCUAUGUUCACUCCUGGGAGCCUUGGCCUCGAAAGCCCUCUUUAUACAUGUAAGUAAGAUGUAGAUGAAUGUCUCAGGUAAAAAUCAUGGCUUAUCACUAGUGGUGAAUAAUUUAAUGAGAGCCAAAUAUGACCAUUUUUAUUUGGGAUACACAAAUUUUUGGUCAGGCAUUGUGUUUUUAAAAUUCUAUUAACAAAGCCUUAAAGAAAAAGAGGAAAGUCUAGCAUUAGAUGUUGUCAGUUGAUCUGAGGGAGAUUAAGUAUACGGCUAGUGAUGCCCAUCCACACCCAUCAUGUAUGUUCAAGUACUUGGGGCGUAUCCCAUUCCGUUUGGAGGAAGCAGUUCUAGUACGACCUAGGAGCAGCCAUGCUACUAUAAGGAAUGAUUAGUGCUCAGGAAAAGCCUCCUAUUGAGACAAGGAGGCAGUUUGUGUGGAGCUGACUGUCAAGGC